AUGUCAAUCAUCAACAAUAACAGUACUGAUGAACAAACCGUUCAGGAUUUCCAUCCUCCAGAUGCUGUUUCAAGACCUCAAGUUGCUGGAGAUGAUGCUUCAGAAUAUGAGGAGAUUGCAAGAAUUGUAACAAAUUCUCAAAAUCAAGAGAACGGUGGAGUUUUGCAAAAACUGGAAACAUUAUCUAAACAUUUAUCCAAAAGAACCGCUGAACCAUUUAAAGUUGACCCUGAUGAUUUUGAUUUCAAAACUAUUUUGGGUCAUUUUUUGAAAUCCGCUGAUGAACAAGGAAUCCAUCUUAGAUCCACUGGUGUUGUUAUGAAAGAUGUUACAACCACGGGUAUUGACGCUUCUUCAAGCUUUGCUCCUACUGUUAAAGAUUUGGCAUUGGGGCCAUUAACUUUACUUAGACAAUUUAAAGAAUCAAGAAAUGUUAAGCAUAGAAAAUUGAUUAAAAAUGUCUCUGGUGUGGUUAAACCUGGUGAAAUGUGUUUGGUCUUGGGUAGACCAGGUGCUGGUUGUUCAACUCUUUUGAAAACAAUUGCUGCUGAACAUGAUCAAUUUGUUAGUGUUGAUGGUGAUAUUCAUUAUGAUCAUAUCCCUCAACAUGAAAUGGCCAAGAAAUAUAAAAGUGAUAUCAUUUACAAUGGUGAAUUGGAUAUUCAUUUCCCUCAUUUAACUGUGGAUAAGACUCUUAAAUUUGCAAUAGCUUGUAAAACUCCUCAUACAAGAAUCAACAAUGAAUCAAGACAACAAUACAUCACUGCUACUAGAGAUAUAUUGGCAACUAUUUUUGGUUUAAGACAUACUUAUAACACAAAAGUUGGUAAUGAUUUUGUUAGAGGUGUUUCUGGUGGUGAACGUAAAAGAGUUUCAAUUGCUGAAGCAUUAGCUUCGAAAGCUACUGUCUAUUGUUGGGACAGUGCUACAAGAGGGUUAGAUGCUUCAACUGCUUUAGAAUAUGCUCAAGCUAUUAGAACUUCAACAAAUCUUUCAAAAUCGGUCGCUUUCAUCACUAUUUAUCAAGCUGGUGAAAAUAUUUAUGAAACUUUUGAUAAAGUCACUAUUCUAUAUGAUGGUCGUCAAAUUUAUUUUGGUCCAACUGAAGAAGCUAAAGGUUAUUUUGAAAGAAUGGGGUUCCAAUGUCCACCACGUCAAGCUACUGCUGAAUUCUUAACUGCAAUCACUGAUCCACUAGGAAGAUUCCCAAAAUCUGGUAUGGAGGAUAAAGUUCCAAGAACUGCUGAUGAUUUUGAAGCUUAUUGGCAUAAUUCAGAUGAAUACAAAUUAAUGGUACAAGAGAUUGAUCAAUAUGAAUCAAUCACUGAUGCUGGUAAAACUAGAGAAACUUAUGAUAAAUCAUUAUCUCAAGAAAAACCAAAAGUUCAUUAUCGUUAUACAAUUACAUACCCUUCUCAAUUGAAAUUAUUAACCAAAAGAGGGUUUCAAAGGAUUUAUGGUGAUAAAGCUUAUACCGUGACACAAGUUAGUGCUGCUACUAUCCAAGCUUUAAUUACUGGUUCUUUAUAUUGGAAUACUUUACCAACUACUCAGGGGGCAUUUUCAAGAUCUGGUACAAUUUAUUUCAUGGUUUUAUAUUUUUCAUUAAUGGGUCUUGCUGAAGUUUCUGGUCAAUUUGCUGAUCGUCCAAUAUUGUUGAAGCAAAAAUCUUACUCAUUUUAUCACCCUUCAGCUGAAACAUUAGCUGGUACUAUAACAAAAUUCCCAUUCAAAUUAUUAUCAGUCACAGUUUUCUACAUCUUGAUUUAUUUCUUGUCAAAUUUAACUCGUGAUGCUGGGAAAUUUUUCCUAACUUAUUUGUUCCUUAUCUUGUGUUCAGAAACUAUUACCGCUCUGUUUCAAAUGAUUGCUGCACUAUCACAAAACGUUGCAGGUGCAAAUGCUAUUGCUGGUAUUUUGAUGUUGGCACUUUCCUUAUACUCUUGCUAUAUGAUUCAAUUGAAUUCUAUGCGUCCUUGGUUUAAAUGGAUAUCAUAUAUUAAUCCAAUUAGAUAUGGGUUUGAAAAUAUGUUGAGUGAUGAAUUUCAUGGUAGAAGAUUAUCAUGUGGUGGUUCUUUAGUUCCAAGUGGUGCAGGCUAUGAACAUGUUAGUAGUGCGAAUCAAGUCUGUGCAUUUGCCGGUUCUGUUACUGGUCAAACUUGGGUUGAUGGUGACCGUUAUUUACGUGUGCAAUACAGCUUCAAAUAUUCACAUCUUUGGAGAAAUUUUGGUAUCAUUAUUGCAUUUUUUGUGGUUUUCUUAGCUGUUAAUGCCGUUUGUACUGAGUUCAAGAGACCAAUGAAAGGCGGUGGUGAUCAUUUAUAUUUCAAACGUGGUGGUAAACCUUCAGAUCGAAUUGUCAUGUCUAAUGAAUCUAAACAAUCUGAUAUUGAAACUGGUAACAAAGAUCAAUCUGUUCAAGAUAAUAAAUCAAGUCUAGACGAUUCUGUUGAAAAUGAAGCAUUUGAAGGUCUUGGUUCAAAAUCUGUCUUUGCAUGGCAAAAUGUUGAUUAUGUUAUUCCAUAUAAAGGUGGUUCAAGAAAGUUGUUGGAUAAUGUUCAAGGAUACGUUAAGCCUGGUACUUUAACUGCUUUAAUGGGUGAGUCUGGUGCUGGUAAAACUACAUUGUUAAACACUUUAGCUCAACGUAUUGAUAUGGGUACAGUUACUGGUUCUAUGUUAGUUAAUGGGAAACCAUUAGACACUUCAUUCAAAAGAUCAACAGGUUAUGUUCAACAACAAGAUUUACACAUUUCAGAAUUAACAGUUAGAGAAUCAUUACAAUUUGCAGCUAGGUUACGUCGUCCAAAAUCUGUUCCAGAUUCUGAAAAAUUGGAUUAUGUUGAAAAAAUUAUCAAGAUUUUACAAAUGGAACCAUAUUCUGAAGCUAUAGUUGGUGUCUUGGGUAGUGGAUUAAACGUUGAACAACGUAAGAAAUUAUCAAUUGGUGUUGAAUUAGUUGCUAAACCAUCAUUGUUGUUGUUUUUGGAUGAACCAACUUCUGGUCUAGAUUCUCAAAGUGCAUGGGCUAUUAUUCAUUUAUUAAGAAAAUUGGCACAAGCUGGUCAAUCAAUUUUGUGUACUAUUCAUCAACCAUCAGCUACCUUGUUUGAAGCAUUUGAUAGAUUGUUGCUAUUGAGAAAAGGUGGACAGACUGUUUAUUUUGGUAAUAUUGGUAAGAAUUCAUCAACUUUAUUGAACUAUUUUGAAAGAAAUGGUGCUAGACAUUGUGAAAAAUCUGAAAAUCCAGCAGAAUAUAUUUUAGAAGCUAUUGGUGCUGGUGCUACGGCAAAUAUUAAUCAAAAUUGGCAUGACAUUUGGAGCAAUUCUCAAGAAUUUGCUGAUACUACUAAAGAAAUUGAAAUUUUGAUGAACCAAGCUAAUGAAAAAUUGGGUGAUGAUGAUCAAUCUUCAAAUAAAGAAUUACAGAAAACUUAUGCAUUACCAUAUCUUGAUCAAUUGUUUUAUGUUACUAGACGUACUGGUACUCAAUUCUAUAGAGAUCCUCAAUAUAUUGGCUCUAAAUUUGCUUUGAUGAUUUUGGGUGGGUUAUUUGUUGGUUUCACAUUUUGGAGUUUAAGUGAUACAGUUAUUGGUAUGCAGAAUGGGAUGUUUGUUGUUUUCAAUGCAAUUAUUAUUUCAGCACCAGCUAUUAAUCAAAUCCAAGAAAGAGCUGUUGCAUCAAGAGAAUUAUUUGAAGUUAGAGAAUCCAAAUCAAAUACUUUCCAUUGGUCAACUUUAUUAAUCUCUCAGUUUUUGAAUGAAAUGCCAUAUCAUUUAGUUUCUGGUGCUAUGUUCUUCUGUUGUUUAUAUUUCCCAUUAAGAGCUAAUGAUGCUCCUGAUAGAGCUGCUGUGUUUUACUUGAAUUAUGCUAUCAUUUACCAAUUUUAUUAUGUUUCAUUGGGAUUGCUUAUCGUUUAUAUGGCCCCUGAUUUAGCUUCUUCUACUGUUAUUACUGGGUUGUGUUUUUCAUUUAUGAUUUCAUUUUGUGGUGUUGUUCAACCAGUUGAUUUAAUGCCAGGGUUUUGGACAUUUAUGUGGAAAGUUUCACCAUUAACUUAUGUUGUUCAAACUUUGGUUGCACUAGUUUUACAUGAAAAGAAAGUUGAAUGUUCCCAUGAGGAAUAUAAUUUCUUUGAACCUCCAUCAGGAUUAACUUGUCAAGAAUUUGCUGGUACUUAUGUUACUGAUAAUAGUGGCUAUUUAUUGAAUCCAAAUGCUACUUCAAAUUGUGGGUACUGUGAAUAUAGAGUUGGUGAUGAGUAUAUGAGCACAGUUAGUGUCAAAUAUAGUUAUAGAUGGAGGAAUUUUGGAUUUAUGUGGGUCUAUAUCAUUUUCAAUAUUGUUGCAAUGUGUGCUCUUUAUUAUAUCUUCCGUGUUGCUAAUGUUAGUCCUUUAGGUUAUUUGAAAGGAAAACUUGAUGCUUUCAAGCAGAAAAGAGACCAAAAGAAGGAAGCAAAUCAAUAA